ACAUAAAUGGGAAUGUGCAUCCAUCAAACAAUAUUUUUAAUCAGUUUUGAAUAAUUUUCAAUAAAUUUUAAACGAUUGUUUAUAAUGACACAAAAAAAUAGGAUUGUAUUACAAAGUUUUUAUAUUUUCAAUUCCACAUUAUGCCUAAAAGAAGGCGAGGAAGAGAAGAAAAUACUUUUUUAUCAUCCAUUCAGUGCUGACAUUGAUACUAAAAUUCGUAGCAUUGGUUUAGUUGAAGCUGUGAUAAAAUUUACAGAAACAUUCAAUUCAAAGGAACCAUGUAAUUCUGUUCAUACACAAAAAACUCGACAGGUUUAUCUACAAGUCGAGCCAAACUUUUGGAUGGUUAUGAUUGUAAAUGUUCCAAAUGUUUCAAAAACAAAGGAUGGUACUGAAUAUAAUGAAUAUCAGGGUGAUGAAAUUCAGGAUAAUGUUUAUAUUUCAGUUUUAAAACAAAUGUAUGCAUUGUUUCGGUUACUUUCUGGUACAUUUCAAUCACUACUGGACUCUUCAGGUGUUGAAUGUUUGAGGCAGUGUUUAGAAUUAUUCUUUCCUAAGCAUUUAUUAACAUUAAAAUUUGAACAUUUCGAUGUGCUAAACAUAUUUAAUGGCAUGCAAUAUUUACCAUUAAAUAGCAUAACAUUUUUAAAUGUAUUAUGUUUUGUAAAUCAAAUCCAAAACCAUUUUCCAUCAAUUAAAUCAACAGCAUUUAUGUAUAACGAUUCAUUAAUUUGGACUGGAAUCGAACCAAGUAAUUUUCAACCUAUUUAUCAAUAUAUGGUAACAAUUUUAUUACCAGCUCAUGUUGAAAUUGAGCUAAAAGGUGGUUCAAUGCCACGCCAUUCUGGUUUUUUCUCACCAUCACAACCGUUACACUAUUGUCGUUAUGUAAUAGGACCACAAUCUUUAACGGAAAAUAGUACAGUGGGUAAAAUACCAAAAGUUUAUGUACAUUCAUCAGCAACUAAUCAAUUAGAAGAAUAUUAUUUAAUUGUUUAUCGAGGAUUUAGUUCUUCAGUGAUAUUAUUUUUAGACAUAAAAACGGAUUUAACAAUGGAAUUAUUUACAAAAUUAGAUACAUACAUGGAACCAAAUUUAACAAAAUUAGGUUCCGAUAUAGCUGAAUAUUGUAGCUCACAGCAAAUACCCAGUUUAAUAACAAGUGUUGGUGAUAGUGGACCACGUUAUGUAUUCUUUAACAAUAUGAAUUUAGCAUAUAAAAGUACAAUACAUUUAGAUAAUCGACAAUCCGGUAAUAUUAAUAUAUCUCAUGAGGCAUUAAAAUUAAUUGCUGAUAUUAAAUCCGAAUCAAUAACAAACUCAAUAUUUGGCGAGACUGUUGUAAAGACAUUGAAUGAUUAUUGGGUAGUCGGAAAAUUUUCAAAUAAACGUGAAUUUUAUGUUGCUAUUCAACAUAAGAAUGCUAAUUUAAUUGAAAUUAGUGAGGAAGUGAAAAAAUUAUGUGAUGGCGAAUUAAAAGGAAUAUUCUUCCAAACCUAAAAAUAAUCAAUUGGUGCCAUUAUGUUGAAGAAGGAAUUUGAAAGUGAAACAAAAUUAAUUAAUUAAUUUUUUUGAAUAUUUACAGAAAUAUUAUUGAUUAGAAUUAAUCUGAAUGGCCAAUUUAUGCUACAUCUUUCCUGCUUGUCA